AUGGAGUUUGUUAAAGAAGAGCGUGAAGAAAACAAGAGAAUAAAACACGAGGAACCAGAAACCAGGAGAAUAAAACAUGAGAAACAAGGAGAGUUUGUUGAAGAAAAAGAGGAGAAUGAAGAAUCAAGUGAAAUUGAGGUGAAAAAUCAUUUCAAAACUGGAGGAAAACCAUCACACUGUGACAGAAGAUUUAGUCAUCCAUCACUCCUAAAACGACAUGAAAGGAUCCAUUCUGGAGAGAAACCUUAUAAGUGUUCACACUGUGACAAGAGAUUCAGUCAUUCAUCAAGUCUGAAAAAACAUGAGAGGAUCCACACUGGAGAGAAGCCUUAUAAAUGUUCACACUGUGACAAGAGAUUCAGUGUUUCAUCAAAUCUGAAAAUGCACGUGAGGAUUCACACUGGAGAGAGACCUUUUAAGUGUUCACACUGUGACAAGAGAUUCACUCAGUUAGCAAAUAUGAAAAAACAUGAAAGGAUCCACACUGGAGAGAAACCUUACAAGUGUUCACACUGUGACAAGAGAUUCUGUGACUCAUCAAGUCUGAAAAGGCAUGAAAUGAUCCACGAUGGAAAAAAAAUUCAGUGUUCAAACUGUGAAAAGAGAUUUAAUAAUUCAUCAAAUCUGAAAACACACAAGAUGAUUCACACUGGAGAUAAACUUUAUAAGUGUUCACACUGUGACAAGAGAUUCAGUCAGUCAGGAAAUAUGAAAAUACAUGAAAGGGUCCACACUGGAGAGAAACCUUAUAAGUGUUCACACUGUGACAAGAGAUUCUGGAAUAAAUCAAAUCUGAAAACACAUGAGAGGAUUCACACUGGAGAGAAACCUUACAAGUGUUCACAAUGUGACAAGAGAUUCUGUGACUCAUCAAGUCUGAAAAAACAUGAGAGGAUCCACACUGGACAGAAACCAUAUAAGUGUUCACACUGUGAUGAGAUUCAAUGAAUCAUCAAGUCUGAAAAGACAUGAGAGGAUUCACACUGGAGAGAAACCUUAUACAUAUUCACACUUUCACAAGAUAUUCAAAAUUUUAUAUCAUGAUAAUGAUAUAAUGAUAGUUAUUUUUUCUUUUAAUAAGGUUUAACAAGGUUUUUAAUGAUAUUAAGAUUUAAUACCAUCGAAUUUUCAUAAUCCUUGUAACCAGUGUCAAUAUCAAACUACUACAAGAAAAUAAUAAUAAUAAAUAUAAAAAAAAACUCAAGCUCACUGGAGAUACAUAAACAGUCAAGUCACCUUUAUUUAUGUAGCGCUCUAAACAAAAAAAGAUUGUGUUAAAGCAACUGAACAUC